UCGAUUGUUGUCUGCUAUCUUCGUCUCUGUGUUCAACUCCUAAUCUCUACGAAUCCUGUCAUUAGUUUGCGGUCGAAACUCUAGCAAUCAUGUCUCCAGCGCUCGUUUCGAACAAUUCUGCAGUCGACAUUAUCGACAUCCGCGUCAACGGCUCGGAUUUCUCGGCUGUCGGUGCCAUUCAAGAUGGCUUGGAUCCACCUCGAGACAAACCUCGUUCAUUUCCAACAUUACUGCUAUACGAUACCGUUGGCCUCCGCCUGUUCGAAGAGAUCACGUACUUGGACGAAUACUAUCUGACCAACGCGGAAAUUGACGUGCUUGAAACACAUGCGAGAACAAUCGCCGAGCGACUUCCGGCAAAUUCACAACUAGUAGAAUUGGGUAGCGGGAACCUUCGCAAGAUCGAGAUUUUGCUGAAACAGUUUGAAUGCAUGCAGAAGAGGGUGGACUACUGGGCGUUAGAUCUAUCACUGGAGGAAUUAACGCGUACUUUUGCCCAAGUCUCACCGCAAUCCUAUCAGUAUGUGCAACUCAAGGGCUUGUAUGGCACGUACGAUGACGCGAUCGAGUGGCUGAAGAAUCCGGUCAAUAGAGAGCAGCCCACGUGUGUCAUGUCCAUGGGCUCCUCUCUAGGCAAUUUCAAUCAUUUGGCUGCAGCGGACUUCUUAAGUCAGUUUGCAAAACUGCUCGGUCCUGCUGAUUCCAUGAUUAUUGGUCUGGACGGCUGUAAGGACCGGGGUAAAGUAUACAAGGCUUAUAACGAUUCGAAGGGUAUCACGCGCCGCUUUUAUAUCAAUGGCCUGGUCCACGCGAACAACAUACUUGGUUAUGAGGCCUUCAAACUGGAUCAAUGGGACAUCGAAUGCUUAUAUGACGAAUAUGACGGAUGCCAUCGAGCUUUUUAUGUACCGACAGUCGAUGUCUCUGUCAAUGGUAUUUUACUGAAAAGGGGCGAAAAGGUUCUUUUCGAAGAGGCAUAUAAAUACGAUGCUCAAGAAAGAGUCACGCUGUGGCAUAAAGCGGGGCUAAUCAAUGUGGCUGCAUUGGGCAAUGCAUCUGAUGACUAUCAUCUCCACAUGCUUUCACCGGCGAGCCUCGAAUUCAAAACCCGACCGGCCGAGUAUGCUCCUAGCUCGGUUCCCAGUUGGGGGGAGUGGAGAUCACUCUGGACAGCGUGGGAUAUUGUCUCCAAGACCAUGGUCCCUCGAGAUGAAUUGAUCUCCAAGCCGAUCAAGCUGAGAAAUGCUUUGAUUUUUUACCUGGGACAUAUCCCGACUUUUCUUGAUAUUCAUCUGACUCGUGCAACACGAGGCAAGCCGACUGACCCGAAAAUAUACCCGCAAAUCUUCGAACGUGGCAUUGACCCUGAUGUAGAUAACCCCGAGCAGUGCCAUGCUCACAGUGAGAUACCUGAUGAAUGGCCUGCGUUGGGAGAAAUUCUAGAAUAUCAGGAAAAUGUCCGUACCCGUGUGCAAAGUCUCCUGAAAAUGGAGAAACUGCUACGUGAUCGAAUUUUGAGUGAGGCUCUCUGGAUCGGUUUCGAGCAUGAGGCUAUGCAUUUGGAAACUUUCCUAUACAUGCUGCUACAGAGUGACAAAAUUUUGCCUCCUGUCGGAUUCAAUAAACCGGACUUUGAAAAAAUGGCGCGUGACGCGACACAGAAUGAGAAACCGAACGAGUGGUUUUCUAUCCCGCAGCAGACAUUUACUAUCGGCUUAGACGAUCCUGAUGUGAAUGGGGUCCCUGAUUAUUCAUUCGGCUGGGAUAACGAGAAGCCUCAGAGAUCAGUCACCGUCCAUGCGUUUGAAGCACAGGGCCGCGCAGUAACGAAUCGCGAAUACCUACAUUACAUGGAACAAAACGACAUUCAUCGAAUCCCCGCAUCAUGGGUUAUCCAGGCUGCAAAUAGCUGGAAUGGCACUUUCAACGGACACCAUACAGACGGAGUGUCUAGUGGCCAUGGAAAUACCAUGUAUAAUUACUCUGUCAGAACUGUCUAUGGACCGGUUGCUUUAGUUUUAGCAGCAGACUGGCCGGUGAUGGCAUCGUAUGACGAAAUGGCGGGUUACGCUGAGUGGAAGAACUGCCGGCUUCCAACUUUCGAGGAAGCACGGUCGAUAUACAAGCAUGCCGCCGCUUUAAAAAAGGAACAGAGCAACGGCGUGCAUGAUAGUGCGAAUGGCGCUAGCAACGGACACCAUGUGGAUGUUGGAAGUGACGUCCAGUUGAACGGUACUCAAAAUGGUAUCAACCCAGAACCCGUGUUCAUCGAUCUUUCUGGCACCAACGUCGGUUUUAAAAACUGGCAUCCCAUCCCUAUCACACCUAACGGCGACAAACUCGCUGGUCAGAGUGAGUUGGGUGGAGUGUGGGAGUGGACCAGUACGCCUCUAUCUCAGCAUGAUGGCUUUGAAGCCAUGGAAAUAUAUCCCGGAUACACCUCGGACUUCUUCGACGGCAAGCAUAACAUCGUGCUGGGAGGUUCCUGGGCCACGCACCCCCGCAUUGCAGGCAGGACUACUUUUGUCAACUGGUACCAGCACAACUAUCCAUAUGCCUGGACCGGAGCACGUCUUGUGCGGGAUAUCUAAUCUCUUUUCUUUCAACGUUGUUGAUUUGAUAUUUGACUGCUUUCUCGUCUCCAUAUUUCGGGUUUGAGUUAGUCGUUUUCGAAUGGAACAUGACAGGUUGGCAGGAAUUAAUAUGGGGAUUCACUGACUGAAGUUUGUUGCUAUUCAGUGUAUCGAAUUAUUUUGCUCUCCGCUCUAAUCAAUCAGAUUGUCAAUUGAUAUGCAUGACUUGUAGUAAUACUAGUAUUCUAAACCUCCAAGUUGAACUGGCUGCUAUGUAUGUACUUAGUCGGUUUGAAUCAAAGGCUUGGUCGUGCGAGGCCCGUUUGUAUUAGGGUUAGUUAGGGUUAGAUCUAUUCCGCCUCGAAUUAUCCCAAGUUAGCA